AUGAAGUUCUUCGGUAUUUUAUUUUCUUUUCUUCCAAUAGAAGCAGUAACAACAAGUCCCGAUGAAGAAGAUCAAUAUGGAGAUGACGAAGAAGCAGUAACAACAAGUCCCGAUGAAGAAGAUCAAUAUGGAGAUGACGAAGAAGCAGUAACAACAAGUCCCGAUGAAGAAGAUCAAUAUGGAGAUGACGAAGAAGCAGUAACAACAAGUCCCGAUGAAGAAGAUCAAUAUGGAGAUGACGAAGAAGCAGUAACAACAAGUUCCGAUGAAGAAGAUCAAUAUGGAGAUGACGAAGAAGCAGUAACAACAAGUCCCGAUGAAGAAGAUCAAUAUGGAGAUGACGAAGAAGCAGUAACAACAAGUCCCGAUGAAGAAGAUCAAUAUGGAGAUGACGAAGAAGCAGUAACAACAAGUCCCGAUGAAGAAGAUCAAUAUGGAGAUGACGAAGAAGCAGUAACAACAAGUCCCGAUGAAGAAGAUCAAUAUGGAGAUGACGAAGAAGCAGUAACAACAAGUCCCGAUGAAGAAGAUCAAUAUGGAGAUGACGAAGAAGCAGUAACAACAAGUCCCGAUGAAGAAGAUCAAUAUGGAGAUGACGAAGAAGCAGUAACAACAAGUCCCGAUGAAGAAGAUCAAUAUGGAGAUGACGAAGAAGCAGUAACAACAAGUCCCGAUGAAGAAGAUCAAUAUGGAGAUGACGAAGAAGCAGUAACAACAAGUCCCGAUGAAGAAGAUCAAUAUGGAGAUGACGAAGAAGCAGUAACAACAAGUCCCGAUGAAGAAGAUCAAUAUGGAGAUGACGAAGAAGCAGUAACAACAAGUCCCGAUGAAGAAGAUCAAUAUGGAGAUGACGAAGAAGCAGUAACAACAAGUCCCGAUGAAGAAGAUCAAUAUGGAGAUGACGAAGAAGCAGUAACAACAAGUCCCGAUGAAGAAGAUCAAUAUGGAGAUGACGAAGAAGCAGUAACAACAAGUCCCGAUGAAGAAGAUCAAUAUGGAGAUGACGAAGUUGAUUUUCAUGAUGUGAAUGUGAUAACAUCAGCUGAGAGUAUUGAGCCUGAUUUAAGCCAGCCAAAUUUGAACAAUUUGUUUACAUCAGAAAGCAAAUCCUGA